UUGUUCGUGCUGUGUUGAGAGUCUUGAUCCCGAUGAAUAUCUAAACAAGACAGCUGACAACACUGAAGCUACAGCAGAGACUGAGUUAAGUCUAGUUGCGAAAAAAGCUGAGCUUAAAGAAAAGCUAACAAGCUUGUUGCAGCCAACCAGCUACACAGCACUGCAAUUGGGCAUUAUAAUUGAUCAAGUGUUCACAGACAUUGAGCGUAAGCUUAUUCAAAAGCCUGGCCCCGCUCCCAUCCGACCUUGUGGCCAUCGCAAUGUGGACGGCUUACAACAGCCGGAGAGUGCACAUAGUCGCAACGUGAGUAAGCUGGGGGAAUUCCCAUGGAUGGUGGAUCUUAUGGUUAGAGAGAGCAAUUUAGAGUUGCGGAUCACUCGUCAUAUUGGUGGUGGUUCCUUGCUGGCGCCCAAUAUUGUGCUAACAGCUGCGCAUAAGGUGAUCAAUCAGUCUGCGGAGCUUUUGCUGGCGCGUGCAGGAGAAUGGAAUCAAUUGAACGAGGCGGAAGAAUUGCAUUAUCAGGAUCUGCCCGUGAAGUCGAUUAUACUCCACGGGCAGUUUUCAAGUGAAACAACAGGCUACAACAUUGCCCUGCUAGUGCUCUCUAGCAACUUUGCUCCCCUUCCACACUUGGCUCCCAUCUGUUUGCCCAGCCCCAGCGAAGUGUUCGACCAUGCCCGCUGCAUUGUCACAGGUUGGGGCAAGGUCACGUUCCAAGGAAACGAUUAUCAACAUGUGAUGAAGCUGAUUACAGUGCCCGUGCUGCCUCACGCCGAUUGCGUUCAGAAGUUUGACAGAAUAACUGGGAGGAAUCUGGAUACAACGACUCUCAUUUGCGCUGGUGGUGAGCCAGGUGUGGACUCUUGCACUGGCGAUGGCGGCGGCCCGCUGAUUUGUCCCAUAAAGGACACGCCCAAUCGCUACCAGCAAGUGGGCAUUGUAAGCUGGGGCAUCGGCUGUGGUAAGUCCAAUGUGCCGGCUGCUUACACCAAUGUGCAGAUACUUUUACCUUGGAUUCGGCAACAAUUGAGAAGAUUACGUAUUGAUGAAAAUUAUUAUACAGCUUAAGCUUACGUAUUGACGAAAAUUAUU